CAAGAUAGAGUGUUCGUAAAUGCCCUUUAUCUUCUUGCUUUUUGACUGUGGCAAUUGUAGUGGUUCUUUUGCUCAAGAUUCAAAACAUUGAACACUUUCAGCUCAUUCAAUAUGUUUGAUUAGUUGCCCCAAAAAGAAAGGUUAUUAAAGUUUCUAUUUUCAUUUCUUCCUUAGCUAAAUUGUCUCAAAAAAGAGGAUUUUUUGUUGUUGCAUAACCUCGUGGAACUGUGUGAUUGCUUCUUGUUGUUUGUCUUCUUAUUAAGUUGAAUACCAAAAGAUCGAUGACCCUUUUCUUAUUGCAAGCAAAUGGGGUAACCCUUCUUAUUUGAGCCCAAGAUUUGCUCAUCUGAAGUUCAAAUCUGGCGUUUUCUUCAGGUCAGAAUUGACUUUUUUUUCUUUAAUAAUGGGUAUUGGCUUUUUGUUAACUUCAUUCAAGAUUUGGUUGGUGUUGUUGUGCUAUUCUGUAAGAAAGUUUUGAUUUUUUUUGUAUGUUACUUAUAUAUAGAUGGUGUUUCAUUGUAUGAGCAUAGAUCAAUACUUACUUAGAGAAGUUUUGAAUGUUGAGGAAUGGACAGUGUAUUGUGAUUGACUCUUGUGCUGACAAAAGAGUCAAAUGGUUAGUUGAGCUUGUGCUGAAUUUGCUAUUAUUGAGGAUAUUUUCACUGUUCUUGAUGUACUAAGAUGGAGUAACUGUCUGUUCUGGUUCUUAUAAGCUUUCCCUCAUUUUUAGCUGUCUAUAGUUAUAAGAAUUUUUCACCAUAUUGAUUGAGUUGGAUAAGGCCUGUAAGGUAGUAGUAUUGUAGCGUGCUGAAUUCAGUGAACGUUGUAUUGGUUACUUUUAGCUAGAGUCUCUUUGAGAUACUUUAGAGUUGCCUGGUUACUAUUAUGGCUUCGAUUAGAAGAACGUUGUCACCAGUGCCUCGUCCUGGAAGCGCUAUGAAUGGAGAAGUAUGUUCUGUAGCCUCUCCACUGUCCAAGUCUUCAUCAUGUACCAAUAGUAAUACACCAACUGGUGCAUCACUUUCGUCUUUUGGUUCAUUGGAUUAUGCCAUCUACAAGGUUCAGACAUUUCUAGUUGGUCUUUUGUCACGACGAUCUUCUAGGCCCUUAGAAAGGUCAAAGUUGAAGGGGCUCAUUUGGAGGAGAGCUAUUCUGCAAUUCUUUUUCUGUUUUGUUCUUGGAGUAUUUAUUGGCCUUACUCCAUUACUAAAUUUGUCAACAAAUUUUAUCUCUAAACAUCAAGCUUUAUCCUUUGAGGUCCUCCAGCCAGAAGAAAAUGCUCGAUCAUAUGAUGUAUCUAGAAAUGUGACUUCAACCACUGAGGACUUGACUAUCAUGGAUAAUUCGACAUCAGAGCCUAAUUUAGUACAUGUUGAACUGAAAGAAGACAUUACCUACAAUGCCUCCUUUAAUCAAUUACUUGACCAAGAUCCGAUAGUGUCCCGUAAACUUUUGAUUAUUGUGACUCCUACAGAAACCCGUCCAUUUCAAGCAUACUAUCUAAAUCGUCUGGCGUAUGCAUUAGAGUUGGUGCCUUCUCCUUUAUUAUGGAUAGUUGUUGAGAUGGACUCCCAAUCUGUUGAAACUGCUGAUAUAUUGAGAAGAACCGGAGUAAUGUACAGACAUCUUGUGUGCAGCAAGAACUUAACUGAUGUGAAAGAGAAAAAUGUGCAUCUAAGGAAUGUGGCACUCUCUCACAUUGAAACACACCACCUUGAUGGCAUCGUCUAUUUUGCUGAUGAGUACAACAUAUACUCCGCUGAUGUCUUCGAGCAGAUGAGACAGAUCAGCCGGAUCGGGACAUGGAUUGUGGCAAGACUAGCUGAAAAUAAUAGGAAAGUUAUCUUGCAGGGUCCAAUCUGUAACGGCUCUCAGGUUAUAGGUUGGCAUACUGAAGGUAGAACAAAAAGAUUCCAGAGAUUCUAUGCAGAAAUAUCGGGAUUUGCAUUCAAUAGUACGAUACUUUGGGAUACAAAGAGGUGGCACCGACCAACACUAGAACCUAUAAGGCAGUCUAACACAGCCAAAGCUAGUUCCCAAGUGAGCACAUUUAUCGAACAAAUGGUGGAAGAUGAAAGCCAAAUGGAAGGCUUACCAAUUAACUGUUCAAGAAUCAUGGUUUGGCAAUUCAACACGGAGAUAUUGUACCCAUAUCCUCAUGAAUGGCUGGUGAAAAAUUACUCAAUAACCAGUACUUCAGCUGGAUGACAAUUUUGACAUGCAGAUAGAUUCUUGAGCAUUGAUAAGUGAACAAUCAUGAGCGUCUGCAGCAAAUGUAUAUCGGAGCAACCACUUGAAUGCUAUCAGUUUCGAGCUUGUAAUGUUGAGCUACAUGCUGUAGUAUCUUAAAGAGACCAGUUAUCUCUGCCCUUUCCUCCCUAUUCCGUUUUCCUGUUCUGCUGCUAUAUCAGUAGAUAUUUAUUUGUACAGUUGCGUAGAGCUAGUCACGGUAUAGUCUUCUGGCUAUGAAGUCAGAAGCAGCAAAAUUGUGGCAAUAUGGAAAAAAAUUACAACAGAUGGGUAAGUUUCAAGUUCCCCUAUCCAAUUCUUUCGACCGAGAGUUUCUUAAUCCAAGUUGAUGUCUGGAAUGGAGUAUUGUUAUUCAACUGGCAGCUUUCCUAAUAGACUUGUGCAUAUGUUAUAUGACUCUCUUUCACAUAAACCACAUUUCAUAUUCACUAUAUUCUUCAACUUUUAAUCUAUAGUUUGAUUUUAAAUUUUGUU